AUGGCUGUUGAAGACUUGAAAGAGCUUGUUGAUAAGCUGGAGACCAGAAUUAAGACAUUGGAGGCCAAGGCUGGACUGAGCACUCCAUUGCCUGCCGCAUUGAGAAUGGUGUUGAUCGGACCACCGGGAGCAGGUAAGGGUACUCAGGCACCAAACCUCAAGGAGAAGUUCUGUGCUUGUCACUUGGCCACUGGUGACAUGUUGCGUUCGCAAGUUGCCCAGAAGACUCCUCUUGGUGUUGAGGCCAAGAAGAUCAUGGACCAAGGUAAGCUUGUUUCUGAUGAGAUCAUGGUCAACAUGAUCAAGGAUGAGUUGGCCAACAACGAGGAGUGCAAGAACGGGUUCAUUUUGGACGGAUUCCCAAGAACCAUUCCUCAGGCCGAGAAGCUCGACCAGAUGCUGACCACCAACAAGACUCCGCUUCAAAAAGCUGUGGAGCUCAAGAUCGAUGACGAGCUGUUGGUUGCCCGUAUCACCGGCAGAUUGGUCCACCCAGCUUCCGGUAGAUCUUACCACAAGCUGUUCAACCCUCCUAAGCAGGAGAUGAAGGACGACAUCACUGGCGAGCCAUUGAUCCAGAGAUCUGACGAUAACGUUGAUGCUUUGAAGAAGAGACUUGUCACCUACCACGAGCAAACCGAGCCAAUUGUCGACUACUACAAGAAGGCCGGUAUCUGGUCUGGUAUCGACGCUUCCCAGUCUCCAAAGACCGUCUGGUCCGAUAUCUUGAAGUGUCUUGGUCACUAA